AGUUGCUCAAUCUGUCAGAGGAUGAGAUACCGGAUAGCUGCUUCUGCUGCCUCCGCUACGUUCAGAGACCAGUAGUAACUCAGACCUGCUAGGAUGGCUGGAAACGCGUGGAGGUCAACGAUUUUUAAUCUUCUGGAAAGAUACGGUUUAUGGAUAGGAGACAAGGGUAAAACCAAUGAAGUGUCCCGUGUGAUGGGGGCGAUGAGGAGCCAGACCCCUCAACCCCGAAAUUUCACCAGAGGGAUGCAGACCGUGACAUUAAUCCCUGGUGAUGGCAUCGGUCCAGAGAUCUCCUCAGCUGUAGUGAAAAUAUUUGAAGCUGCUAAAGCCCCUAUACAGUGGGAGGAGCGGAAUGUUACCGCCAUAAAGGGGCCAGGAGGCAAGUGGAUGAUCCCGCCAGAGGCAAAAGAGUCAAUGGACAGGUGCAAAAUCGGACUAAAGGGACCUCUUAAGACUCCUAUUGCUGCUGGCCACCCCUCCAUGAACCUGCUGCUGAGGAAGACCUUUGACCUCUAUGCCAACGUACGCCCCUGUGUGUCCAUCGAAGGCUACAAGACACCCUACACCGACGUCAACCUGGUCACCAUCCGGGAGAACACAGAGGGAGAGUACAGCGGCAUCGAGCAUUUGAUCGUUGAUGGCGUAGUGCAGAGUAUCAAGCUGAUCACUGAGGACGCCAGUCGCCGCAUUGCCGAGUAUGCUUUUGAGUACGCCCGGAACAACAACCGGAACAGCGUCACGGCUGUUCACAAAGCCAACAUCAUGCGCAUGUCUGACGGUCUGUUCCUGAGGAAGUGCAGAGAGGUUGCUGAGAACUUCAAGGACAUCAAGUUUACCGAGAUGUACCUGGAUACAGUCUGUCUGAACAUGGUACAGGAUCCCAGUAAGUUUGAUGUCCUGGUCAUGCCCAAUCUGUAUGGUGACAUCUUGAGUGACCUCUGCGCUGGGCUUAUUGGUGGUCUCGGAGUGACUCCCAGUGGCAACAUCGGGGCCAAUGGGGUGGCCAUCUUUGAAUCGGUCCACGGUACUGCCCCUGAUAUUGCAGGGCUGGAUCUGGCCAACCCCACCGCCCUGCUUCUCAGCGCAGUGAUGAUGCUCCGUCACAUGGGUCUCCAUGGCUACGCCCAGAAGAUCGAAUCUGCCUGCUUCGACACCAUCCGAGACAAGAAGGUCCUGACCGGAGACCUUGGUGGAAACUCCAAGUGUUCAGAUUUCACAAGUGAGAUCUGCCGAAGAGUAAUAGAUAUGGACUGAAGAGGCUCAUACUCACAGAUUAAAAAGACGUGGAUCUACUCCCAAUGACGACACAGAUAAAAAAAAAACAUCUUAAAAAAAACAACCAACAAUCUCAUCUUCGUAUCAUUCUCAUAUCUACGCACAAUUCUACUCCUAAAUGUACAUGUGUAUGUAACUGAAAUAUAAAUAACUCCAGUGGGGUUAAAGACCUGAAUGUUUAUUUUCUUUUUCCACCACACAUAGAAAGCACUGUCUUAAAAAAAAAAAGAACUUAGAAAAAAACAAGAAGCUCUCCUGUCCUAUGGUUCUGUGUUUGUGAGAUGAGUUGUAUGCUGCUUAAUCUAAAAUACUAUAUUUAUUGACCGGAUUAAUUGUCCGGUCCAAUACAUUUUAACGUGUUGUCAGCCUGCUGUUCAGUUAAUGGCAGAGUGCAAACCUGUCCGGUUUCAGAUUUCCAAUACAUUAAAGUUACUGAUAUUUUCAACCAAA